AUGCAUAUUCUCGGUCUUGCAAACGGCACGCCAUCAGGAAACUCGGAGAUCCUGCUCAAAGCUGCCUUGACAGCAGCUACCGAAGCCGACUCUACCAUCACAACAUCAUGGAUACAUGUUCCCUCAAUCUCCAUACCGACAAAUCCAGCACCUCUAGAUAGUCCAGUUGGUUUCGACCUUGCUUCGAAGCUCAAUGUCGCUUCCAACAAUGCACCCGAUGACAGAGCUGCUGUUCGCGAAGCUAUCCUCGACGCUGAUGCCAUCAUCGUAUCAACACCUACCUACAGCCAUCAACCUCUAGGCGCAUUGAAACUUCUCAUGGAUAGAAUUGGAGGUCCAGCUCUCGACGUUACAUUUGGCAAAACAUUCAACCCUGAUAAGCUCGACCCAAGACUUUCAAAACCACGGGUGUUGGGCUUCAUCGCAGUAGGAGGAUCAUCAACGCCAGACCAAUUCACAAUGGUUCUGCCAACAUUACAUCUUUUGUUUUAUGCUCUGCAUGCAAAAACCGUGGAUCAAUUCAUUGGUCAAGAUUUGGGAAGCUCCGGAGCUGUAUGUUUGCAUGACGACCUGAUCUCUCGAGCAAAGCGCAUGGGACAAAACAUCGCAAGUCAGAUCGGCAAGUCCUACGACGAUGCGACAUAUCAAGGCGACGAAGAAGCCGGCGCAUGUCCGCACUGCCAUCUUUCCAAGAUCGAAUUUUUGCCUGAUCAUGGCAAGAAUGCAAUUGGCUGCACAACUUGCGGUACCAGAGGCAAUCUGACUGUGAGUCAGGACGGCAACAUACUCCCCGUAUGGGAAGAAGAGUCGAAGUGGAGUUGUUUGACAUGGGCUGGGAAGCUACAGCAUUCGUAUGAUAUCAUUAGUUGGGCGAAGAGGGAUGAGCCUAGGAAAGCUGAUAUCAAAAAGGGCCAGGAAGAAUGGAAGAAGGUAGUCGUUUCGCAGGUGACUUUGCCUAGUCAGGACAAGUUGAGCUCAUGA